UUUACAAAAUCAGAAUUUAUUCGCCAAACAUGUCAAUAAUGAAGCACACAGAAAAGGACGACAUACAUCAGUAUCUUGUUAAGGAGUGGUACAAGGAAAUGAUAAUUGCUUCAAGACCUUAUUCGGAACCCUUGAUGGAGAAAUCAACCGUGGAUUUGAUAAAACUUUGCUGCGAUUCAUUACGUUUGGACGACCACGUUUUUAUAAUGAGCACAGAAGUGUUAGAGCAGUACAUAAGGGUAAAAAAUGAUCAAAACGCCGUUAUUAGUGAUUGUGUCCUAGAUGUAGUGUGUACAAUUUUCGUAUGCAGCAAACACGUCGGAGAACAAUCUGAGCUUCGGAUAACAAAUGUGAAAUCCUUUUUAAAAAGGGUAACGUGUAGAGAUUUCGAUAAUAUUACAAUUAGAAAAUGUGAAAUGGACAUUUUGAGGAGUCUUGACUACAAACUGCCACUCAAAUCGAAAAUGGACGACUUGAACACGUUUUAUAUGUACUAUGUGAAACCGUUAGAAUUGAGAAUUGAUAUCAGUAGUUUGUGUUCGGAAUUGUUGAAUUUGACGGUCAUUUCAUGGUUCCGGAUUUUCCACGAAUUGAAACGUACUUAUUCAAAGAAUGAAGAAUCCUUUGAAGUGUUUCAGAAAUUGGUGGUUAAUAGUUGUUAUGUGCCCUGUAGCAUUAUCUUGUGCGCCUUACAUUUGACCAACUCUUAUCAUGCGUUAAACUUAGACAAAGUCUCUUUAGAAUUGGAGAGAUUGUCCCAAAUCCAUUCGGACCAUUUACAAUAUUUAGCUAAUAAGAUAUACGAUAGAACUUCUGGAUGUAAAUCAGUUUAACUUUUUAUUCGGUGGUUCGGCUUUAAUAUCCUGUGACAUUAUAACGGACGUAUGAGAGGGCGGAGACGGACACUGGGGUAGGAAAACAUUUCCCCUUUAUGGAGAGCGUAAACCAAAAAAAUCGGUUCGAUAAUAAUUAAUUAGUAUUCUGGUGGGAGC